CGUCAACAAACUUCACCUAAGGUAGUUGCACAACGAACCGGAGCAGCAAGAUUUGAAGAAUAUUUUGAUGAUGAUGGGAACACAAGUCACGAAUCAAAGUUGAAGAAAAGGUUUUUGCAAGAUCCCGACAUCGAACCUAUCGAAGCUGAUCCUGAAGUUUAUCAAGGAGUUCUUGGUCGACCUGGUGUUGAUUUUCCAGUGAUGACAACAAUUCCAAAGACAAAUUUCGAUUGUAAAACCUUGGGCAAUGGAUAUUUCGCUGAUUUGGAGACUUCUUGUCAGGUGUUUCAUAUCUGCGACGAGGGCCGUAAAAUUUCAUUUCUUUGUCCCAACGGAACAAUUUUCCGUCAAAUUGAUUUGAUAUGCGAUUGGUGGUUCAAAGUCGAUUGCAAUUCAGCUCCAACGCAUUACGCUGAAAGUUCCGAACAACUUCAACGAGCACAACGAUUGCGUCAAACAAAAUUGCGUCACGUUGUGAGAAGCGAACAAGGGUUUGGUGCAUCCGGCGAAAUCUUUUUCCGCAACGAUGCCCGGACAGCUGAAUCUAUUCAAAAGACAGCAGCAGUUCGUUUGCCUCAAGGUCGAGCUCUUCGAGCUAAAAAUGUUAAAAUUAACAAACGAAUGGAUAACAAUAGCGAUGAUGAAAAUCGAUCCGACGAACAUUCAAAUGCUUCAGAAAUUCUUUAUGCUCGUCGAAAUAGUCGCAAAGGAAAGAAGGUGCAAGAUGAUAGCGAAGAGAAAGGAAAAGAGAUUCAAGACACAGCUGAAACUUCAUCGUUUGUGAAAGAUAAAACUGUUUAUAAUGGUUACACAUAUCCGUCACCCAGUAACUCGAAUGGUUACGUUUAUCCCAAUCCCAAUCAUUUCUCAUAUUUACCACCAUCUCAGAGAGAAUCAACGGAAGAUGUUCGUCCUAAGCCAGAAAAAUUCAUUAAGCAAAGUCAACCAUUCCUUCAAGAACCGCAACCAUUCACAACACGUCCUAAAGAAACACCAAGUGAAAUGUACGCUUCGACAGUAGCAACAUUAGAAGUUUCAACACAAGGAAAAGUUGGAAAAAUUUUAGAAACAACAUCAACAACUCAACGAACGGAAACAAAGUCAACUGCUUCUGUGUCAACAUAUCGUGGAAGCACAACUUAUCAAUCAAGUCUUAACUCGAAUGAGAAUAAUAGCGCAACAAAAAGUUUCGUACGUGUUCAAACGUCAAAUUUAAUCGCAAAAGAUGAUACAAACAUAAAAACAACAACACCAAGUUAUGAUUCACAGAAAAUCAAUACUUAUUCGACAGCAAGAAAACCGAAUUCGAGAACUAAAGAGACGCCUUUCUAUACUCCAACAAUUCCAACAAUUCGAGAGAAUUCUGCAUCAACAUCACCUGAACCAGUAGUCGCUGAAAAACUCAUUGAAACUACUACGCAGCCAACAAAUUCUGAAAUUGUUAAACAUGCUUUAGAAAUGAUGGAAUCAUUAAAAGAUCUUGACAUUGAUAGUGUGAUUGAACCAGAAGGCGAUCGUUACACGGGACAAAGAUUGGGCUUAGAAGUUCCACCAUCAUCAGGUCCAAAUGCGUUACAUUCUCUCGCUCUUUACUUUGCAAAUGGUGACGUCAACAACACUAAGCGAAUGAUUGAAUCACAAGCAGCAAAAAAUUCUAAGGAUUCCAUUUCUUCAGUCUUUUUAAGUGACAAAACUGUGACAAAAUAUGAACAACUUUUUACAAACGAUCGAAAACCUACUGAACCUUCAAUAACAAAAUUGAAUUACGAAACCACUCAACAAACAUCUGAUGAUGAUUUUCACAAUGAUUUGGAUACCCAACAAUCCAAAAAUCCUAUUUUAUCAGCAGCUGGAACACCGCAAUUGAGAGAAAUUGCACAAGUUUUCACCCACGCUUUGUCAGCUUAUUUACAAGAUCCAGAACAAUUCAGAAAGAUUUUAUCAGAAAUUCGACCUACACAACCACCACCAACAUCACUCAAUGAAAUUCCAAGGUUUCCAGGUGAAAAUGAGUUUGUGAGACAAGAAUCGGCUUACAAUGUUCCACGUGGAACAAGCGCGACAGCAAAACCAGAAGAUCUUGAAAUAUUUGAUUUCUCUGAUGUUACGGUACCAUCAAAAGUUAAAGAUGAAGAAACGACAACCGAAAGCAUCGAAGAAAACACAACAACUGAAUCUUCAUUUAUAACUACAACUUACAAUCCACAAGUUAUCGAAACACUUCCACCAGCAUCAUCAAGUUUCGCUGAUAAGACACCAGCAUCUCGUCUCAUAACUGAAAAUUCUGAGAAACAAGCAAAUGAAAAAUUAAGAACACCAAAAGAGUUGAAUUUCACACCGAUUAAUGACCCUUAUCCAACAUCAUUAGCUGAUACUCAAGCUAUUCCACUUCGAUGGGGUGAAGAGAUAACAACAAUCAAUCCAAACGAUUUUGAAGUUCCAACUGUUUAUUCUGGUCUUCUUCCACCUUUCGGAAUCAAUGGCACCGAAGUGUUUAAAAUUCCUAGCAAUGAAAUACAAGCGCCAAGUGAAGAAACUGACGAACAUUUGCAACAUGCACAAAGUCAAUCAUUCGUUUCAAGUCGGAAUAACAUUUAUGCAGACUAUAAACAAUCGAAAACUUACAAUGACUAUUUGAAUUACAAUGAAGAGUUUCUCAGAGGAACGACAAACUUUGGUGAGAAGAUCUUAACAACAACUGAAAUUCCAGAACAAACAACUAUUAAAGGACAUUUUGUGACGAAAGCCAUUCCAUUCACCACAACAGAAGCUCAGGAGACGACGACUUUGCCUUAUCCAACGACAACGACGUCUUCAGUAGAUUCAAUUAAGACGACGAUUCAAGAUACUGGAACAUUCAAUACGAACUCAAAGACUACAAUUUCUUAUACAAUUUUCUUAGAUCCAUUAACAAUUAAUGACGGACUAAUGGAAUCAGAAGAGUCGAGUACAGUUUCACCUUCACCUAACACGUAUCUGCCCAACAGCAAAGAGGUCACUGAUCAACCAUCAUCAACAUUUGCAACAACUCAACGACGUGGAAAAUCUUCAUUCGCAACAACACCUCUAACGAUACGAUUUGCAAGUGAUGAAUCAAACAGCAUCGAACCAAUGCAGAAGCGUGCAAAUGAAAUGUUUGGCAACUUAAAUGAGACUCAAGUGAAUCAUCUGAUGAAUGUUAUGAAAAAAGCUGAGGAGAAUAAAACAGUUAAACGAUUAAUUUUACUUUUGAUACAAACAUGCGAUGGUGAUGAUCAUAAUAAAACAUUGGAAGAGUCGAGAACUGCACUUUUGAAUGCCUUGAUUGGAAUGGACGAAGCUUCAGGCAAUGAGAAUCGAAAUCAAAUUCGAAUAAUAAACACGAGAAGAGAAAAAAGUUUAGAAUUGACCACAACUACAACUGAUAUUCCGAUUACAACAUACAAAAGCCCACAUCAUGACAAAUACACAAGUUCAGAGGGUGCGAGUAGAGAGAUUGACGAUACAGAAGCACCAACACUCGCGUACGAUGUUACAACAUCGAAUCCUCAUGCACGAUCAAACUAUUUUGAAAGUGAAUCAAUUGCUGAAAAUGAAAAUGUUUUAACAACAGAAACCGAAGUGCCAACGACUGAAAUAAUAUCAUCAACAACAUCGACCACAGAACAACCAAUUACAUAUCCAACAUCAAACAGCAACAGCCGAUCGAACGAAUCAAAACCAAAAUUCCGUCUUAAAUCGAAAACCUUGACAGUCAGUUCAGCUGGCGGUAGACAUCAGAAGAGUUUAGGAACAAAUGAAGAUUACGUAGCUGAAUCAAGUCAAACAUCGACAAUUGAACAUAAGAGAGCUGAUGCGAGGGCUUUAGAACUUCUUAGAUCACUUUAUUCGUUGGCAUCGCGAUGGGGGAAAUAA